AUGUCCAAUUUCAUGCACAAGGUCAAGGAAGCAAUGACCGGUCAUCAUAAGGAUACAUCUGAAGCCCACGACAUCCGAGCCCACCAAGAUGACCAUGGAUCCUCCAAUCUCUGCAGCACAGAAUCAAAUCCGGACAAGUACAACUCGUCUAGCAUGAAUCCAUCUUCCGGAAUGAGCUCUAACAAUCCCCACGGCGCUGGCUCAACCGGCAUGAAUGCCGGUCCUCACGAUUCAAAGAUGGCAAACAAGAUGGACCCUCGUGUAGAUAGUGACAUGGAUCACCGCGCUCAAUACUCCGGAGCCACCAACCCCCAAUCGUCCAGCAAUGCUCCUAGCAACAUGACCCCCCACGGACAGUCACCCACCCAAGGCGUUGACAAUCAUAUGUCCAGCAAAGACGAUUAUCACAAGUCAACACAGGAGAACAAGUCCCAGUCCCGAACCUCCGAUAACUAUGACGGCCAAUGGAGUAGCGAGCAAAGUCAUGAAACCUCUAUGCAAGAGCACAAGUCUCACUCAGCUACCAGCCAUGCCAUGCCAUGUCAGACUGAUAUCCAGAACGAGCUGGGCUUGGAUAAUCGUGCUGCAGGGACGAGAUUCGGUGGUAAUGCCGAUGGCGGUAGUAGCAACAUGAUGGAUGCUGGACAGCGUUCUGGUGCUCGGAAUGCGGAUCCUAUGAAUAAACUUGAUCCUAGAGUGGCCCGAUCGAAUGAGCAAGCGGGUUUCGCUGAUCAGCGGGGUGGAUACUAG